CUCCACCAGCUCUCCCUCGCAUUCACCGCUUGCCUCCUGCACGCGAUAGUGUCUCCACGCUCCGUUGGUGCGAAUCUCCAUCACAAUCAACACUAUGAAGGGUGGAGCGGUGCUCGCAUGUCUUGUCCUCCAAGCGAAGGCCGCCGUAGGGUUCGUAGCUCCCUCCGUGGUGGCUAGAGGGCGCGUGCAGUCGGCGGCGGCGGCGGCGGCAGUCCGCCUGGGCGACAAUGCGGCGACAUUGCGCUCGGUUCGGGGUGCAAGGAGCGGCAUGUCCAUGGCCGCGCCCGAGACCACGCCAGAGGGGGACGACACCUACACACUCGUCGUAGUUAGGCACGGCGAGAGUACCUGGAACAACGAGAAUCGUUUCACAGGGUGGAAGGACGUGCCUCUGUCGGACAAGGGCCAGGAGGAGGCCGCCCAGUCCGGCGAGCUCAUCGCCGAGUCGGGCUUGACGUUUGACGUCGCCUACACGUCAGUGCUCAAGCGAGCGAUCAACACCCUGUGGUGUAUCCUCGAGAAGACGGACCUUAUGUGGAUCCCGGUGAACCGAUCAUGGCGCCUCAACGAGAGACACUACGGUGCCCUCCAGGGUUUGGACAAGAAGGAGACGGUUGCGAAGCACGGAAUGGACCAGGUCAUGAUCUGGCGCAGGAGCUACACCACUCCGCCUCCCCUCCUCGCGGACGAUAGCGAUGACCUUCCCCAGAACGACCGCAAGUACGCUGGGGUGGACCCGGCCGACCUCCCGCGGGCGGAAUCUCUCAAGUUGACGAAGGACCGUUUCCUGGUGGAGUGGGAGAACGAGAUCGCUCCCGCCAUCAAGAGCGGGAAGCGGAUCCUUAUCGUGGCCCACGGAAACACCAUCCGCGGGCUGUGCCAGCACCUGGAUGAGAUCUCCGACGAGGACAUCGUCGGCUUGGACAUCCCCACCGGUGUGCCGCUCGUGUUCACGCUGGACAAGGACCUCAAGCCCAUCACACACCCGGAAGCUAUCCCCCCGCUGUCCGCCCGCUACCUCGGGGAUGUUUCGGGAAUCCGCGCAAGGAUCGAGGCGGUCAAGGCGCAGACCAAGUAACAGUUCGAGUGUCGAGUGCACAAUUCAAGACGAGAAUUUUUGAACAGUGGCGUUUCGAUGAUUUUGCGUUCUUGAGCUCGCAGGAUAUGGCGGUUGGACAUGAAGGGGCAAAUGUUUUAUAGUUGACUACUACUGUUGAGAGGCAGGCGCGAAGUUUCGGGCGGGGUACUGGGGGGGGAGGGAGGGGGAAUGGUUGAUGCAGAUUGCGGCACCACAUGUAGUGUAGUACUUUAUCUCCUUCCCGAUGGGUUUUCAAGCACCAGUCUUCAUAUAUUAUCUCUGAAUUCUCCUUUAUUGUUUGUCGUCUUGGUCCGUUUGGUUGUCUUCUGUGUUGUGGUUUUGUGGUUUUCUUUUUUUGUUGUCUUUUCCCCGUCGACCGGACGGUGGGGUUACUCCGAGGCUGCUACACACACGUUCACCGCACGCUGCACGCCAUACUAAUGUAGACGAAGCUAUGGCAGCGCAAUGCAAUUCAUACGAUCAUGGAGAGUUUUUUCCCACAAAAAUUGCGCGACUUAUUUCGACGCCCUGCCUGCACAGAGUGGCGAAUGGGUGGUGGGGUGGUCACCAAGGAAGAAAUCUUUGACUCCU